AAGCACGGCAAUAACUUUGGAGCUGUCUUGGAGGAAUAUUCUAAAGUUAGAAACAAAGAUGCAGAGGCUAUUUGUGACAUGUCUAUGGAUAAUUAUUUGGAGUUGAGAUCAUUGGUCAAUUCUUUUUGGUUCCUUCUGGAGAGAAAAGUGAUGUAUGCCUUAAACCGGUUGAUGCCCAAAACUUUCAUUCCGCUUCAUACUAUGGUAACGUACACACACAUACCUUAUCACGAAGUGGUUAAAAGAAAUCAGUGGCAAGAAAAGAUGGUGCGCCUUCUUCUUAUGACGGGCUCAGUAACAGGGUUAGCUGGACUUAUGGUGAUUUUAAAGACUUGGAGAUUUCGAAUAAGCUGAAAAGAAAAGAAAGCAUUGCAGUGCAUCCGUUGAAACCGGGGCAGCCCGGACAAAAUAACGUUUUAAGAACCUUCUGUGACCCGUGACAGAACUUGUGGAGGCUUUUAUGCAUUGUGGCUUUUCUUUGUGCAAGUGUCUAGGGCAAAUGAAACACACUUAUUUUAACACGAAGAGUAGAAAUCCACAACCCAUAUCUUUAUGAAUUUAGUAUUUUAUUAUUUU